AUGUCGCUGCCGCAGCGCUUCAAGCUUGUUUUCUUCACCCCGCCCGCGGCCCUGCCCGCUAUCAAGACGGCGAUAUUUGCCACCGGCGCCGGCCGCUAUCCAGGCCCAGGCGACUACACCGAGUGCGGCUUCACCACUCCGGGCAAGGGCCAAUUCAGGCCUGGCGCCUCCGCUAACCCGCACAUCGGGAAACCCGGCGAGAUCGAGGAAGUCGACGAGGUCAAGUUCGAGACACUCUGCGUUGGCGAGGAUGUUGCCAGAAAGGCGGUCGACGCCCUCAAGAAGGCUCAUCCCUACGAGGAGGUUCCUUACGAGGUGUACAAGAUGGAGAACUUCUGA